AUGAGACUCUACCACUUCUGCCUCUCCACAAUUUUACUUUGUCAUCUCAUUUCGGCAAAUGAUGAAGAUGAAGCUGCCCUUACCAUGGAGAUAGAAAUUGAAAAUCCCAGUGAAUUGAAGAGUGAGGAAGAGAUUUCUAAAUUUUCCCUGGAAGAGAAUUGUCUCUUAGGAAAAAGCUGUGGAAACGGCGGCAUUUGCAAAGAUACUGUUACACUACCUGAUAAAAGCACAGCUAGAGGAAUAUGCAUUUGUCCAUUGGGCUAUUCAGGAACGUUUUGCGAUCGAAAGUCGGUUCAAGUCAGAUUUCCAGAGAUUCAGGAUGGUGGAUACCUGGCUUUCGGGGGCUGGCUUUUCCCAAAAACUGGGCCAUUUUCCGUGUCAUUACAAAUUAGGCCCCAUGUACUCCGACCAAGAACGCUGCUUUUCUUUCAUUAUUCAGUAUCUCGUGCACAGGCCUUCUAUAUGGAGCUGAACAAUGAGAUACUUCAAUUGAGGAUUUACAAUAAGUCGAUUGAUGGAUAUUUCUACCUAUCAAGAUUACUUCAACAUUCAACCGAAUUGCGUAGAAUAAAUAAAAAAUUCUUUGAUAUCUCCUUUGGAUUAAGGGGUAUGAAUGAGCUAUAUCUUUCCCUAGAUCAACGCGAAGUUACUGGAGUGCUGGAAACAGUUAUUUCAGAGGAAGGGUUUGGAUUGCUGAUUAAUUCCUUUACUCGUGAAAAUGCGAUCUUCAUUGGCGGCCAUUCGAGUAUGACAAACGGUCAGCCCUUCCCCAUUGUCUCCGCUGCUGAAAAUUCCCUGAUUGGGUGUGUUGGGGAUAUAGUAAUCAAUGGGCAUCUCUGUGAUCCUCGACAAAGCUCCUUCGUUGGUGAUGCUGUUUCGGGAUAUGGAAUACGUCAGUAUCUGCUUAUUGAAUUUUCAUUGACUGUUCAAGGCACAACUGUAACAACCAUCUCUGUGAAAGCGACGCUACUUGUAAACCAGUAUCCGCAACGGACUACGUAUGCCAAUGUCCUCUGGGAACAAGCCCGCCAUGGUGUAAACAUGAGGCAAACCGGCCUACUCAUUUAUUCCGGAUUUUCAUUUGACCAAAGAGGGGAUUUUAUCUCCAUUUCUCUGGUGAAUAGUCAACUGGUUGUUGGCUUCGACCUAGGCAGCGGCCCUGCAGCAAUGUAUUCUUCUCAAAAUGUCACUUUAAAUUCCUGGCAAACUGUUUGUGUGAAAAGAUCAGGACGGAGCUUUGAUGUUUAUCUAAAUGACACCCACAUCUCUGACGGAUUGAAAUCGUUCACCCAAGGAAAUCUAGUUCAGUUAACGAUAGCUGAUAAUCUUUUUGUCGGUGGACAUCCAAAUCCAGAUCUUAUUUCAGCAUUGAUUCCUAAACACGACGACUUGGUCUCCUAUAAAUUCGUGAAAGGCUUUGUUGGUUGCGUCCAAUCUUUACUUAUAAACGGACAACGGUUAGACCUGUUGGAUGAUCCGAUUGAAUCUAUAAAUGUCGUCAACUGUAAACAACAUGACUGUGCAAAAGGAUCUUCUCUGUGCAGUUUUAAUGGCAAAUGCAUUCCUCAUUUAAAUUCCUGGCGAUGUGUUUGCUCAAAUGGGUUUACGGGCAAACAAUGUCAAUACGACCAAUCAGCACCUCCUCCGGGAAUCAUGAAUCUUUUCAUUCAACCACAUGAAAAUGAAAUUGAAAUUUUAGUCGAUGGGAAGUCAGUCAUUUACAUUGAUCUUGAACACUUUGGGAAUUAUGAUUGCAAUCAAACCGUCUUCUAUGUUGGUGGUGUACCCCAAUCAUUAAUCGAUAAAUUCAAUUUUCAACGAGAAUUUAUUUUCGGAACUGAAGUUGUACGAAACACUGGCGGCUUUGUCGGUUGCAUAAGCGAUAUUAGAAUAGAGGAAAAACCAGUCAAUUUGAGUGAUGCAACGAAAGCGCAAAAUAUCGGCGAAUGCACUUAUGAAGACUCCUGA